GGAAGCUCCGUUAGCGAGCGUGACAUCACUGACGAUGUGACGGCGGAAAGUAUCGAGCGCGGAGAGGCUGCGGCGCGGAAGAUGGAGCGGACCUCCGGCCGAACAGCAUCGGCGCUGGAAGCAGCUCCCUCUACAUUUCUUCUGUUUUUGUCACGAUGACUCAACCCACCGUCUCUGGUCCUGAUGUGUGCGGUGUAGAGGUGUCUGCCCAUGAUGGACUCCUAAACCUGUUCACUGACAUUUUUGACCAUUCCUGCAUCAGAGAGUGAUGAAUACCCAGGACCCAAAGCUUGGCAGAGAGGCAGUGGAGGUUGCUGAUGCCCUUACUCGCCCUCGCCACAACAACCGGUGUCACACCAACCAGGAAAAGCGGUACAGACGCUGUGACGUCCAAGCAGGAGUAGGUUCUGGUGGAAGUGCCAGGGUUCUUAGGUCACAGGAUGACAAAGACACUGAGGACCAACAUGGAGCACAAUCUUCAGAGCCACAACAAGUCCAGUCUGUCGCUGCAGGAACCCGCUAUCGUAGACAUGGUGACAGUGAGGCCUUGAGCCGUGCCCAGCAGCAGAGGCACAGACAACGGUUGCACAGAGAUGCUGAGACAGCACAACAGUUCGCACAACAACAAGAGAAGCAGCAUUAUGCAGAGAUGAGCCAGGAGGACGAAAGAGAGAGAGACGACUCCGCGCUGGCUCGCUCUGCGAGCACUGAGAGCGGUUUCCACACUCACACUGACCGAGCUGAGGGCGAUGACGGCCUCGUGGUCAUGGAGCCUGAAAGUCAGCCUGAGGGAGAGGAUGAGGCGGGGAACUAUGAAGCCCAACUCAGGCCAGAGUCAGAGGUAUACGCCGAGAGAGCCGAGGCCGAGCAACAUCACCUCGGUCUGCAUGACAACUGUUCUCCUCUGCCCCGCCCACAUGAACCCCUCUCAAACUGCCAACAGUCCCAGAGACAGGGUGCUGCAGAAGAAAUGCAGAAUGCCGACUAUGCCAGUAACACUUACGCCCCGCCGCCAAGCCUUUCUGGGGGAAGGGACAAUGCCACAGAUGAUCAGAGCCAUCUCCAGGCUGGACCGGGAAACGAAGCCUACGCCGAACUGUACGACAUUUAUUCACUCUCUGAACAUGUUUAUGAGGAAAUCUGCGACGCUCCCUCAUCAGUUUUAUAUACUGCAGAUGUGACUGAGAACACAAAGUCUCUCCACCAGAGGAGAUUGGGCUUUCGGCUGUUGGAACACAGGGUUGGAGAUGGAGAUUACCAUCAGCAGGAAGCAGUGGGCUCCCGUCUGCGCCAUUACGAUGAACGCUCAGAUGGGGAGUCCGACAGCCCAGAGAAGGAGGCUGAGUUUGCUCCCUACCCACGAGCUGACAGCUGUGACCAGGAUGAGGAUGCCGAUGUGGGUGGAGUCAAAGAAAGCCGAAGCUCUGAGACUCUCCGUCGUUCUGCCAACGCCACUGAUAAAGAAACAGACCUGUUAGAGGCAGAGCAGCCUGGCAUUAAUAAAAUUCACACAACUGCCAACCAAGGCAAGCCAGCAGACAAACAGGCUGCCAGUCCCUCAGAAGAACCUGCUGGUGGAAGGAGUGGUCAGGAAAAGCGGGAUGCCAUUUCUUUGGCCAUCAAGGACAUUAAGGAAGCCAUAGAGGAGGUGAAGACCCGAACGGUGAGAUCUCCUUAUACACCUGACGAUCCCAAGGAGCCAAUUUGGGUAAUGAGGCAGGACAUGAGCCCCACUGCUGAGUGCGACCUGCAGCCAUCGCUAGGUUCUCCAGGUUCUGAGUCGCCAUCUCCUCCAGGAGCCGAAUCCUCCAUCAGACAUCUGCUGCAGGAUGAUGGCUUUGAAUCAUCUCCCUCCAGUAAAGAGUCGAGGACCAGCCUUGCAUCCUUCCCCACAUAUGUGGAAGUGCCCGGACCAUGUGACCCGGAGGAUCUGAUCGAUGGGAUUAUCUUUGCAGCAAACUAUCUCGGCUCCACUCAGCUGCUUUCGGAUAAGACUCCUUCCAAGAAUGUCCGCAUGAUGCAGGCACAGGAAGCAGUCAGCCGCAUUCAGUCGGCCCAGAAAUUAGGCCAGAACACAAAGAAGGCCUCUGAGGGUGAACCUCAGCCCAUGACAGAGGUGGAUCUCUUCAUCUCCACCCAAAGGAUCAAAGUGCUCAACGCUGACUCGCAGGAGACCAUGAUGGACCAUCCUUUACGGACCAUCUCCUACAUUGCGGAUAUUGGCAAUAUUGUGGUGCUUAUGGCUCGGCGUCGGAUGCCUCGAACCGACUCUCAGGAUGAUGUGGAGGCCUCAGACCCUGGAGAAGACAACAAGCGCCAGUACAAGAUGAUAUGCCACGUGUUUGAGUCAGAGGACGCCCAGCUGAUUGCUCAGUCCAUUGGGCAGGCAUUCAGCGUGGCUUACCAGGAGUUUUUACGGGCCAAUGGCAUCAACCCCGAGGACCUGAGCCAGAAGGAGUACAGUGACCUCCUCAACACCCAGGACAUGUACAAUGACGACCUCAUCCAUUUCUCCAAGUCUGAGAACUGCAAAGAUGUGCUCAUUGAGAAAGCUAAGGGGGAGAUUCUGGGCGUGGUCAUUGUGGAGAGUGGGUGGGGCUCCAUCCUGCCCACUGUCAUCAUUGCCAACAUGAUGCAUGCUGGGCCGGCCGAGAGGUCUGGCAGACUGAACAUUGGUGACCAGGUCAUGUCCAUUAAUGGGACCAGCCUGGUGGGACUGCCACUGUCCACGUGUCAGAGCAUCAUCAAGGGUUUAAAGAACCAGUCUCGUAUCAAGAUGAACAUUGUCAGAUGUCCUCCAGUCACCACUGUCCUCAUCCGGCGGCCAGACCUCCGUUACCAGCUGGGCUUCAGUGUCCAGAACGGCAUUAUCUGUAGCCUUAUGCGCGGUGGCAUCGCUGAACGAGGCGGGGUCAGAGUGGGUCACCGCAUCAUCGAGAUUAACAGCCAGAGUGUGGUCGCGAUGCCGCAUGAGAAGAUUGUCCACAUCCUGUCCAGCGCUGUGGGAGAGAUCCACAUGAAGACGAUGCCUGGAGCCAUGUACCGUCUGCUGACCGCCCAGGAGCAACCUGUUUACAUUUAAGACCCGUCCUCUUAACGUUCUGCAAGAACUCUAACUGGUUCCACUGUCCUCCAACUACAGCACAUUUCUCAAAGGACUUUCUCUGAUUGUGGUUUUUAGCUUCAGUUUUGAAGCUCUAAAAAGGUUGAAACCAAAUCGUCCAUAUGUACAACAUUCCCACUAAAUCACGCAAAACCUUUUUAAGCAACAAUGUAAUGACGUAGUAACAAAUUAAAGCUUCCAGAAGAUGCUACGGUACUCAGAAAAGAUCAAUCACUUAUCAGAAACAGAU